ACAAGCUGAAGGAAGUGAAAAGAGUUUGUUCAGAACUUUCAGUGAUGUUAGUGUCAGCAGGUGAUUCUUGUUUUUCUUCUUCCUUUUGAAUAACAACCCCCCAAACACACACACACACACACACAGUGCGUCUCCGAGUCUCUCUGGACUUCAUCUACCUGGGAAUGUGCGUCAUAACGCAUCAGAAGGACAAACCUGCACCAGGAGUUGGAUCGUAACACAUUAACAACUCAGAGUAUCUAAUCAACACGCUUUAGGAAGAGAUGAACUUCUCACUUCAGAAAACAGAGGCUGAAUAUUUGAUCAGAGAAAAGGAGACAGAUGGCCCGAGUCCAACUCCAGCCUCCUCGACUCUGGUCUGGUUCUGAACAUCAGUGAAGUGGAUCUUCAGGAGCAGUGAUGGCUUCCUGCACAUCUCAAACUGACAAUAUACAGACGAGAUGUUCCACUCCACCUGACUGCUGCUCACCUGUAAUUAAUCCCUCAGAUAAAUCAGAGGAGAUUAAAGCUAAACUCCGCUGUCCUCACGGGCCGAGCGUAGCUCUCGCUCAUUAACCUGUCCGUCUGUGAUAAACACUCCACGUCCGUUUCAUCAGGAACACCUGUGCACCUGAUCAUACGUGUAGUCAUCUCAUCAGCCAAUCACGUAGCAGCAGCUGCACAAGUCUGUUUAGGUGAGCUGAUGAUCUCAUGAUAGCCUCAGAGUCGUGUUCUUGGCUGUCAGGAGAGGAACCUGACGUGAUCUUCUGCUGCUGGAGCUCAUCCACCUCAAGACUGUAGAAUGCAUUCUCUGCUGAAGACAGUGUUGUUAGCACUGGUGGCGUCGGUGGUGCUGCUGAUGGCUGUGCUGCACUCAUGGCCCACUCGAGCCUACAGCACCGUGGAUGUCCGGCAGAGACCCGGAUCCGGAGCCGAGCGGCUGCUGGAGGACAGACUUCCUGACCUGGACCCGAGCGCCGGUUCCAUCCCAUACCACGUGAAGGAGAACGUGGCAGGGCUUCUGGCUCGUAACGGCUGUGUGUGUGAGGGUGAGAGAGACGGUGUGAAUUUACCUUUCGCCAAACUGCUGUUCCCGCGAGUGUCUGCCCACCCGCUUCACACGGCCUUCCAGCCUUCGCAACUCGACGAAAUGAAGAGACGCCGCGCCAAAGAGUACCAGGGCUUCCAAAUGAGGUCACAGACUCCUGCUGAUUUACUGAUCGUAGCUGAAGCUAAUAGCCCUCUUCAGUAUCCGACGCAGGGUGUGGAGGUUCGGCCGCUCAAGACGAUCCUUAUACCAGGAUUGGCUUUAAGAGACCUGCCGAGAGACGUUUACACUCUGAAUUUCUCUGCGUCUCUCGGGACGUUUAACGUGGCCGCAGAGGUCGAGGGGGUAAAGGUCAGAGGUGACGGUGAGAUGCACAUGACGCUGAGCAGCUUCCUGUUACCCAACCUGAACCGCCAGCUUCAGUUCAUCACCUACACAAACACACUGUUCCACCCCAGCACUGCUGAUACAGUGCAGUUAGAGACAGAGGGACAUCAGGCUCUGUUCACCAUCAAAAUCCGCCACGGCGUCACCCCCAAACUCUACAACACAGGAUCUGGGGAUAAAGAGUACAACAUCAGUGCUCUGGUGACCAUCGCCACCAAAACCUUCCUGCGCUAUAACAAGCUCCAGGACCUGAUUGACAGCAUAAGGCUCUACUACCCCACCGUUACCAUAGUGAUAGCCGACGACAGCGAAAACCCCAGGGUGGUGUCCGGUCCGUACAUCGAGCAUUACAUCAUGCCCUUCGGAAAGGGUUGGUUUGCAGGUCGUAAUUUGGCCGUGUCUCAAGUCACCACUAAGUACGUGCUGUGGGUCGACGACGAUUUCAUCUUCACUGCCAACACCAAGCUGGAGAAACUGGUGGACAUUCUGGAGAAGACCACGCUGGACCUGGUGGGUGGUGCUGUGCGUGAAGCUACAGGCUACACCUCCACCUACAGGCAGACCAUCUCUAUCGAGGCCGGAGAGGAGGAUGGAGACUGUCUCCACAUGAGACGAGGUUUCCAUCACAUCAUCCAGGGCUUCCCCAACUGCGUGGUCACUGACGGAGUCAUCAACUUCUUCCUGGCUCGGACAGACAAGGUGCGACAAGUGGGCUUCGACCCCCGACUAGCUCGAGUCGCCCACCUCGAGUUUUUCAUAGAUGGCUUGGGUUCGCUCCACGUCGGCUCGUGCGAUGAUGUCAUCGUGAACCACGCCACCAAGAUCAAGCUCCCAUGGGGCCAGUCGGAGAGCGACAAGGCCUACGCCAAGUUCCGCUACCCUCCGGCCUCGUCAGACGCCACCCGCACAAAAAACGGCCUCUUGUACUUCAAAAACCGCUUCCAGUGUAUGACACACAACUGA